UCUCCAUAGCGCACAAGAGCUUCCUCUCCCUUUACGGACCCCGCUCGCAAAUCCUGCUCUUCGUGCCAGAGCCUGCAGCUGUCUCUGUUGCGUCCCACUGCUGCUGCUGUGGGAAGUCGUCGCACCGCGUGACGAACCGACGGCAGACUAUACUCUCCUUGAAGUGUCUGCGCAAACCUGAAGGAUAUUGCAACUUUAAAACAGUUCCCAACACAGUUGGGGGGGCUGAAUGAAAACACCUGACAGCUCGUAACGCCCCAGCUGCGUGGUGACUGGAAUCUUUGCAGCUGUGACGGCUAUAGGAAUGUGGAAUACAUGUCUAUCUCAGCGUAAAAGGACCUGCCUCUGCCCCUGACACCAUGACCACGGAGCUGAACUUGACCUCUCUGCUGAAUGUAACUGACCUUCACAAUCACACAAGAGGAUGUUCCCUCACCAGGACAGGUUUCCAGUUCUACUACCUGCCCAUUGUUUACAUCAUGGUCUUCAUCACGGGGCUGGUGGGCAACAGCCUGGCUAUUUGGAUGUUCGUGUGCCACAUGAGACCCUGGAGCAGCAUCUCCGUCUACAUGUUUAACCUGGCGCUGGCUGACUUCUGCUAUGUGCUCUCUCUGCCCUUCCUCAUCUUCUACUACUUCAACAAAACGGACUGGAUCUUCGGGGAUGUUCUGUGCCGACUGCAGCGUUUUAUAUUCCAUGUGAAUCUUUACGGGAGCAUUUUGUUUCUGACCUGCAUCAGUGUUCACAGGUACACCGGGGUUGUGCACCCGCUCAAGUCUCUGGGCAGACUGAAGAAGAAAAAUGCGGUUAUUACCAGCGCGUUGGUGUGGUCAGUGGUUGUUAUAGCCAUCUCCCCCAUCCUUUAUUAUUCCAGGACUGGCUUGAAGCGUAACGCAACCACUUGUUAUGACACCACCACUGAGGAUGAGUUGCCUGGUUAUUUUAUCUACAGCAUGACUUUGACUGUGUUUGGGUUCUGCAUCCCCUUCAUUAUCAUAUUUUGUUGCUAUGGCAUGAUUGUCAAAGCGUUGAUCUGCAAUGAUAUGAACAACGCGCCCCUGCGGCAGAAAUCCAUCCACCUGGUUAUCAUAGUGCUGGCAGUCUUCGCCGUCUCCUACCUGCCUUUCCACGUGAUGAAGAACCUUAACAUGAGGGCCAGGCUGUACUUCCAGGGCCCUGACAUGUGUGAUUUUAAUAACCGCGUCUACGCCACCUACCAGGUGACGCGGGGGCUGGCCAGCCUCAAUAGCUGUGUGGAUCCUAUUCUUUACUUCCUAGCUGGAGAUAACUUCAGGAGGAAGCUGUCACGGGCCACUAAAAAGACCUCCAGGAAGGGGGACAAUGUCCUUCAGUCCAAGAGCGAGGAGACGGCUCUCAACAGCCUGGCAGAGUAUGUGGAGAAUGGGGACCGGAGGCUGUGACAGGGCACUUUGUCACAGGUGCGGAUCCAUGUUGGCUUAGAAAACAAUGUGGACUAUGUAUUGAUUAAAUAAAUGCACUGUGUGGACUGAAGGCUGUGUGUAAAACUUAAUGAUUGAUGGCUUAUAGAGCUGUAGGAUAAAUACUUAAUUUAACCCUGUGAUAACCAUCGCAGCCUGUCGUUGUUGAUAAGCUAUCGUACUGUAUCGUCAUGUACACGUGUUUUACUCUAAAUGUUAGAGCCAUCACUCUUCAUUCUUGUCGAGUAGCCGGAGUUCCUUACACCUUUGGACAAAAUGAACAAGCUGCGGGAAAUAGGUGUCCCUACAAGCUGUGAUGUCCUGCUCAUCAAUUUGUUCUAGAGGAAAAAAAACCGGGACUGAGAACAGAUUGCACCUCCUCUAGCCACCCAGCUGGUGCUUGAUCAAUAGCUAUUAAGCAGGAGAGCUUGUGGUUAAGGAGGUGUGCCUGCGAUGGCUUUUAGAGGGAAAAAGUAAAUGCACUGAACCUGAGAUUGCUGCAUGGAUGUGCCGUGCAGACAUUGUAAUGCACUAUGAGGGGACUCUCUGCUCAGAGGGCCACCUAUCACUCCUCAUUUCUUUCUCCAUCUAGUAUGGACUGGGCGAGGAAUGUGGUCGAUUAGUUUAUCAUUUUUUGACGGCUCUGACGUUAAGGUCCGCAAUGGCUCUGUUACCACGACCUUUCUCCCCUUGUUAACAUGUUCCUUACAGAAAAAAAGAGAAGAUAAUACAUACAGUAUUUUUGUGUAAAUAAUACUACGAUGAAUGUUUUUUUUGGGGCGGUGUGCUGUACAGGAUGUUGUGACGUUCCAGAUUUCCAGUUUGUGUUGUUAAGUGUUCCAGUCGGUGUCACUAAUCCAGACCUUAAGUGCAUGAGCCCACUAUCAAAUGCCAUCAGUGAAACACUAUCCACAGCCGGUUACAACUAGUGUUUAUAGCUCCAUAGGGAAUAAAUAAUGUCUCGCUAAUGAGCAUAACACACACACACACACACUCAAUCACCUGCUUUGUGACUCCAACAUAUUGAAGACUUGUUUUGAAUGCGAUACCUCAAAGUAAAUACUGCACUAUGUCCUUGUUUUGACAGAUAAUCAUUUCUCUUUUGCAUCUGUUGUAAUCACUGUGGAGAAAUGAUUGUGGAGUGUGUGUUUCACCCUGGACUGCGUAUAGGUGUUUGAUGUCUGUACUAAUACAUUUGUUAAUCUGUAAUGUGGUCAGCUAUUGUCAAGAAAGGAAGUGACUGUACAGGAUAUUUGGGGCCACGUGUAUCUUUGUCAAUAAAUUUUUAUAUUUAAAAUGUGCCAGA